AAUUGUUUGUUUUUGAAUUUGUACAAAAUUCGAUAUUAUUUCUUCUAUUUCAUGAGACGACAGUAUUUUCGUGGUAUUUGAGACAAAUUGUUGGUAUUUUGUCGCUCUUGAAUUGCAGCAACACUGUUUACACACCACAGAAUUUCGUACGUUCGCACGUGUUUUGUUUUCUUUUCUAUUGGAAUUUGACAUUAGCUCGAAAGAAUUUCACAACAAAAAGCGUUGUGCGACAAACCCAUGGAGCACGUCAACUAUACCAGCAUCAGCCAGCUGGGCGCUGACGGCAACAGCAGUGCAAAUGCCGCGAUGAUACUUUGCUGCGAAUGUGGCGUCGCCAUACAACCAAAUCCUGCCAAUAUGUGUGUGACAUGUUUGCGGAAUCAUGUGGACAUUACGGAGAAUAUACCAAAGCAGGCGGUGCUGCAUUUUUGUCGCAACUGCGAACGGUAUCUGCAGCCGCCCAACGAAUGGGUGCAGGCAUCCCUUGAGUCUCGUGAACUGCUCGCCGUUUGUCUGAAGAAGCUCAAAGGACUCAAAGAAGUGAAACUGGUAGAUGCGGGCUUCAUCUGGACGGAACAGCACUCGAAACGCAUCAAGGUUAAGCUGACCGUGCACGGCGAAAUCUCCGGCGGCACUGUGCUCCAACAGGUCUUCAUUGUUGAGUUCACCGUACAGAAUCAAAUGUGCACCGAUUGCCAUCGCACCGAGGCAAAGGACUUCUGGCGCUGUCUGGUCCAGGUGCGUCAGCGUGCCGAAAACAAGAAGACCUUCUACUAUCUGGAACAGCUGAUACUCAAAUACAAGGCGCACGAGAAUACGCUGGGCAUCAAGCCGGAGCAUGGCGGUCUUGAUUUUUACUAUGUCAGCGAGAAUCAUGCCCGUCGCAUGGUCGAUUUUCUGCAAACCAUGGUCCCGGCCAAGGUGACAACAUCGAAGCGCCUCAUCUCGCACGAUAUACACAGCAACAACUACAAUUACAAGUACUCUUGGUCUGUCGAAAUAGCGCCCGUAUCGAAGGACAGCGCCGUCUGCAUCUCGAAGAAGCUGCGCCAGCAGCUGGGCAACAUUUCGCCCGUUUGUCUGGUGAAUCGCGUCUCAAGCAACAUACAUCUGAUCGAUCCAUUGACGGGACAAAUUGCCGAACUAACAACACAGGUAUAUUUUCGGGCACCCUUCGAGGCCAUCUGCAAUCCCAAGCAGCUGGUCGAGUAUGUGGUCAUGGACAUUGAUGUCAUACACGAAAAGGAUCGCAAAUGCUAUCCCGGCCAGGGUAUGUUGUCCAAUAAGCAUGCCCUCUGCGAUGUCUGGGUGGUGCGCACCUCCGAGCUGGGCAUCAACGAUAAUCCCAUACACACACGCUCCCAUUUGGGGCAUCUGCUCAAGGUGGGCGACUCGGUGAUGGGCUACAAUACCGGCGAGGCGAACAUCAAUGAUCCCGAAUUUGAUAAAUUGCCAUCGCAUCUGAUACCGGACGUAAUACUGGUGCGCAAACAUUACGAUCGACAGACGCGUCUCAGCCAGCGCCUGUGGAAGAUCAAGCAUCUGGCCGAUGAGAAGACCGAUGAGCGCAGCAAAUACGAUUAUCAUGAGUUUCUCGAUGAUAUCGAGGAGAAUCCCGAUAUACGCGGACACAUCAACAUUUAUCGUGAUAGCAAAAAGCCGCUGCCCAUCGAGGUGCAGCCGAGCGCCGGCGAUGUGCCCCAGAUAACGCUCGCCGAGAUGCUCGAGGAUAUGACGCUAGACUGUGCCGACGAUGAGAUGGGCGACCUCAGCGAGCAGCCGGACGCCAACGAGCUGCCGGAGCCGCAGCUAUAGAAAGUUUAGCUUUUUCUUUAUUUUUAUUACAUUUUAUUUAUGU